AAGUCACUUACCCCUUGAUUUGAAGUUCCAAAACGUGAUUAACUAUUCUGUACUUUGUAAUAAAUAUCGUGACUUUUUUCCUUCAAAUUGCGUCUUGGUAAAUUAAGUUAAUCAAAAUGAUUCAAUGCGAACACCGAAUGCCACACUUGGAACUCGUUAUUGAACAUAUUGUGUUUAUUUUCAAACUCCUCUGGUGCUAUUUUCGUGAAGUUGCUAGCUAUAUCUUGCAAAAAAUCAGUCCAGUUUAUAAGGAUCUGUCAUCGGACGUUAUACUUGUCACUGGUGCAGGCAAUGGUAUUGGCAGACUCAUGUGUUUGGAGUUUGCGAAAUUUUGUCCAAACAUAAUAGCUGUUGAUAAAAAUGAGAAGGGCCUAUUAGAAACAUCAAAAUUGGUUCAAAAAGAAACUAACACUCAAAUUAAAGUUUAUGUAUGCGAUUUGAGACACAAAAAAGCUAUUGAUGAACUGUCGACAAGCGUUUUGAAAGAAUUUGGAAAAGUUACUGUUUUAGUGAAUAAUGCGGGUGUCAUGAAUGCAGAUUUUAUCGCUGACCUAACACAGGAUUCCAUAGAAGAUUGUUUCCGAGUCAAUGUCUUUUCACAUUUCUAUUUAAUUCAAGCAUUCUUACCAUCUAUGAUUAACAAAAUAGAUGAGAAUUCAAGCUCUGGUAUUCCAGUCAAAUUUCGUCAUCCCAGAGGACAUAUUGUUUGCGUUUCAUCAAUAGCUGGUCGGGUACCUUUAGCAGGUGGUGCAGACUAUUGUGCAUCUAAAGCUGCAGCUCUAUUAUUUUCUGAAUCAUUAGAAUUGGAGCUGCUUAAGCUGGGAGUGGAUGAUGAAAUUCGUGUUACACGUGUAUUACCUUUUCUACUUAAUACAGAUAUGUUUAAGGGUGUUACACCCAAACAUCCUUUGCUCUUCCCUACUGUGGAUGCUAGCUAUUGUGCAAAUCGAAUCGUUCAAUCUGUACGUUUAAAUGAACGAGUUGUUUAUGUAACGGCGCGAUAUCGCAUAUUGCCCAUCUUACAAAUACUUCUUCCAACUAAAAUGAUCCAUUGUCUGUAUGAAUACGCCAAUACAGGCAUGUAUGUUGAUCAAUUGAAGCUUUAUCGAAAAAAAGUCGAUGCCUUCAGUUAACCAAACGACUUUUCUAAAAUCGCCUAUUUUAUACAUAAAUACUUUGAUUUAUUCAUUUAAUUCUCUCUACAUUUAAAUGAACUUUCUGAUACUUAUUUUCUGUUUUUUUGCAUAGAUUAGGAAAUAAAUAUUUAUUACGAGAUAUAAAGUCGUUCAAAGUUCAGUGUUCGGAGAAGUGUUUUAUGUGUUUAUCGUAUGUUUUUUAAUAGACUGCAAUUAACAACCACUUGAUUAUCAUGCAUACUUUUACACUUGUUUUAUUUUGUACUGGCUAAUAAAACCUCUAAUACGUUCAAUGUCCUUUGGCUAUUUCAAACAUUUUAUAUACUCGUUUAACGUUUUUUGUUCGUAAGUUCAAUUUUUGAUUUCUUUCCGAUAAACGAUGUGAUUAGUAAAAACUAGGAAUUUUUAACGGAGAAAUCGAGAAUUUCUUGUCACCGUUUUUUACUGUUCAUCUUAAGAUACAUAAUAAACUCACUGUACACAUGAACUUAUGUAAAUACGCUUGUGUUGUUGGAAAUUAGUCCCAAUAGUGCAGUAGCAUCUGCGUGGUUGCAUAGACCAGAUAUU